CGUCGCCGCACAACAUACAUAAGAUAGCUUCUCUGUUCUUCCACAAAACCUAUAAUCAAGAGUUUCUAAUUAACCUCUCAAGAUUUCCAAUAGACAGUACAAUGGCCAGCGAUGAGAUGCUGUCAAUUACUGCACAGCAACCCAGUGAGGGUGAUCAGCUGAACCCAUUUACCAUGGAAGACCUCGAGAUCAUGGAUCUAAUAUCUGCAACCCAUAUUGUUCCCCCUGACGAACAUUUUAAUGCCGAACCUCUUUUCGUCGUCGUUAAAAACAUUCUUAGGCGUUCCACCCAGAUUGUCGACAAUGUUUUACUGGGCCGGGAACCCCUGGAGAACCUGGAGGAAAAGAUGUCCCGAGCCAGCUUAGAUCCGCUACUAUGCACACUCAAGCAACUUUCCUCUGAGAUGACAUGCAAGGCCCCAGGUGUGGAAACUGCACACAAAACAACGAUAUCAAUACUUAACAAACUCUCAACCUAUUCAUGGGAUGCUAAAGCAGUGCUGACACUUGCGGCUUUUGCUUUGGAUUAUGAGGAUUUCUUGGCUCUUGCCAAGCCCCACUCAUCGCACCAACUUGUUGAGUCAGCGGAAAUUGGUGAACUUAACAAAAUUAUCAUUGACAUGUUGGACAUUAUCGACUCCAUUUUGUGUGCCUCGGACCUGCUGGUGGGUGUCUAUUGGAUUAUCAUUACUGUUGUAGCUUGCACAACUCAUAUGUAUUGUCUCAAAAGCAACAAGGACAAGACACAGGAACUACUUCCAUUCGCCAAGAAAAUCAGUGAAACCCACGCCAGGCUAAGCAUGCGAAUAAUGCUUCCCAAUUUUCGAAUAGCGGAAACGAAGGGAGACAGGAAACUAAAGGAACUUUUACAAACACCUGACGAAAUCACAAAGGUUUUGAAGGCGUUGAUUUUCGCCAAGGAUGAUAAGCAGCCUCUUAUUGACGGUUCUACCAGCGAAAUGGUUAGCAUCGAUGUGCUGAAAAAGAAUGGUGUUUUAUUGCUCAUUUCUGGCCUGGACAUCUCCAGGGAUGAUAUCUCUGUGUUGAAGUCAAUUUAUGAUGGAAUAAGAGAGGAGGGGUAUGAUUACAAAAUUGUAUGGAUCCCUAUUGUAGAGCAGUGGACUGAUGACCUACAAAAGAAGUUCGAGAUGUUGCGGUCUAGAAUGCCAUGGUACAUAGUGCAAUACUUUUCACCACUAGCAGCCACAAGCAUCAAGUUCAUUAAGGAGGAGUGGUACUUCGAGAAUAAGCCUAUUGUUGUGGUGAUGAACCUACAAGGAGAUGUAGUAAACAAAAAUGCAUUCCCCCUGAUUCGGGAAGGAGGAAUGAGUACCUUCCUUGUGAUCACUCAGGCUAUCAUGGCUCGUCUUCACACGCAUCCACCUGGACCUUACGCAAUUGAAGAGUACACUUUCUUCUGUGGAGGCAAGGACAAUAGAUGGAUCGAACAAUUCUCCAAGCAAGUAAACGUUUUGGCUGAGGAUCCGAUCACAGAGAAAGCAUACAUUUUCAUAGAGUUGUCUUGCCUUGGAAAAGGCCCCAUACAACAGCGUUUUUGGAAACUUUGUGGCUAUGAAACUCAGAAGAAGACUGUUGACCCUGUGAACGAGGAAAUCCAAAAGUUAUUGAAUUCCUUCAAGCAUGAAAAUAGAUGGGCUGUGUUGACUAAAUGGUCUACAAGGGUAGUUAGUGAUCAUGGGCCAACAAUUCUGAAGGUCUUGGAGGCGUUUGAAGAGUGGAAAGUGAAUGUGCCUGAGAAAGGCUUUGAAAUUUGCUUCAAAGAGUACCAUGACAAGUUUCUUCAAACUGGUCCCAUGCCAUCGACAGCAUGAUUGGUAGAAGGAUCCCAAAGCAUAUGGAAUUCCUGACUAUAUAUCCUUGUAUCAUGUACAUUAGCUUUAAAUGCUACUACA